CCGGAGGAAAGAGAAAAUGCCGGCGUGCGUUACUGUUCGCGUUCGCAUCAGUCGCGCGUAACACAGGAAACACGUACCCGUCGUCCGGCCUCUCUCGCGGUUUCAUCCAUUGGAAAACGGACGCGCGCCACACAGCAAACACCGAUUCGCGAAAGGGGUAAAUCGCGAUUGACAGUGACACCGAGAUCACCGAAAUAUACUGUUCAAGUGAGUGCAUUUCGUGAUUCAUCAUUCAACCGGGCGGCUCCGCGGAAAUUUCGCCGUGUCCUCUCGACCGUGUUGGCACAGUGCUUCGUCCCCGCUAAAGUAAGGGCUUUUCGAAAGAGUCGGAUUACAUUUGCACGAUUCGAACGGCGAACCGUACUUUCACUCGAUCGCCUGUACCCCGUCGGCACGGCGAGCCCUCGCCGCCGCAAACGCGAAGAGGAGAACGUCAGGGACGCGGAGCGGCGCGACGCGAGAAGGGAGGAGAGACUCCGGGCAGAAGGAGAAACGCGAGAAGAGGAAGCACACACGCACGCGUACGUAUACAUACGAAGAAACGAACGAAACGAAGCGAGUGAGCGCUCGCGAGUCCGGGGAGAGGUUUAGUGACCUCGGCGUGUCGUCGUCGUCCUAAAGAGAAGCAGAAGGAGUAGGACGACGACGACGACGAGCACGAGCACGAGUACGAGCACGAGCACGAGCACGGGCACGAGUACGGGCACGGGCGCAAGCACGACGACGCCGAGGCGCAACGAGACGACGAGGAGUGGCCGAGAAGAAGAAGAGCAAAUUGGUGCUCCCGGUAGCAGGGGCCCAUGAGCACCGUGGAGGAAACAUUGCGCAACGUGUCGAGGCGCAGCAGACACGGCACGCGCGGCAGCGGCAGCUCGACCCGCGCCGAUUGGUCCGCGUCGGUCGUACGGGGCCCGGCCCAGCCGACCCCCGUUGCUGCGCCGGCCGCCACGUCCACCGCCUUCGCCAGGCCCCAAGAUAUCACGGGCCCGACCAGACGCCAGUCCUCGCGCGAUAGCGUCGACUCCGCCGGCCAGCACACCCCACCUGAUCACGCGGACCUUCUCUUCAAGGUGAUGUUACUCGGUGACAGCGGCGUUGGAAAAACCUGUCUUCUGACGCGUUUCCGUGACGGUCGCUUCCUGUCGGGAAACUAUAUAACGACCGUCGGCAUUGAUUUUAGGAACAAAGUUGUCACCGUCGACGACACGCCGAUCAAGCUGCAGAUAUGGGACACAGCCGGCCAGGAAAGGUUCCGAAGCGUGACGCAUGCUUACUACCGAGACGCACAUGCGCUUUUGCUGCUGUACGACGUGACAAAUAAGACGAGUUAUGACAACAUCAGAGCUUGGCUAAGCGAAAUCCGGGAACACGCGAACGAGGAUGUCGUCAUCAUGCUGCUGGGUAACAAGUCCGAUUGUGGGACGGAGCGUGCCGUUAAGCGGGAAGACGGCGAGCGAUUAGCGCAGGAGUACAAAGUGCCGUUCAUGGAAACGUCUGCCAAGACUGGCCUCAAUGUCGAAUUGGCGUUUCUCGCCGUUGCUCGGGAGCUGAAGGCUAGAAAAAGCGACGAUUCUGAUGGGACGAAAUUCAACGUUCAGGACUACGUGCGUCAGCAGUCGCAACGAAGCUCCUGCUUCAACUCCAGCUGCCUGACAACUUGAACUGCUUUCCUUUUUCACGUUAAUUAAGAGGACACGCGAACUGGAACCGCAUUGGUCGCGAAGAGAUACGGCGCGAAAUUGCCAUUGCGAGCCAGGCAUUCAUUUGAUUUCCGCGUGAAAGAGAGCAUCGGUGUAACAUUCGUUGCGGAACGGUAUAAAUUUUAUACUCGAUUCAUAGAGUAACUUUGCGAAUAAACCACAACGCAGACGGAGCGAUUCGAGUUCGUCGGGUGAAUCGAAACCACAGCGCGCACCCAGUGGUCAAGAUUUUCGGGAAACACGAGGCAUUAUUUCCUUCAACAAAAAGUCAUCAAUAUUAACGCAAUAUGUGAUACCAAAGGUUCGAUGAGUACGAAAUUGUUUGCGCUCUUAAAAGAGUCAAGGUCAAAGAAUUGAAUUUUUUUAGCAUAGCGUCAGAGGGAAUACGAAGUCCUCGUUAAACGUAAGAAAACAUGUGUCAAUGGUUACUCGCACACGUUGUAUAUUAAUGUGAAUAGUUCUAAGAGGCUAGAGAGAGUUUCACACGCAGGAUACCCUCGUAGAUAAGGCUUUAGCUUGAUGGUUCUAAUUUCAUGUACGCCACAUCCGCGUACAUAUGCAUAUAUAUAUCAUUAAGCGCUCAAAGCGAUCAUUAAACGAUUGUUGAGCAUAAGUUGUAACGUCGAUUGUCGUACACCGAUUCCAUAAUCGUUCGUUACGUCGUGCUCCAUUAGCGUUCGCUGUUCGCAACAAAGGAGCGCGAAUAAUCUUCGAUUUGCAUACAAUGUGCUUAUUACGAGUUAUAGCCCAGUGCGGUUGUGUUUCUUUCGCGGUGCCUGCGUGAGCGAACAAAAUGUCAAUGCAAGUUCAGUCGACGUACCAAGUAGUUGCGAAGUAGCGCGUGUCGAAAGAGAUAGAGAAAAAGAGAGAGAGAAAGAAGUCACAUCUCGUAGGAAGAACGUUGAGAAAAUGAUUCGCAGCCACCGUCAAACGGAGUGGCGCACGAAUACGCUCAAGUUUUCCUAUGAUUAGUGAUUACUUCCUCCUCUCUUCUUUCGUUUUUUUUUCUUCUUUAACCGAUGAGAGUACGUCACAGAUUUCUAUACGAAUACCAUUCUGAUAGCUACUAGCUCUAACGAAAGUGAGGUAAACAAGAAGAGGAUGACUGUCAUUUUUAACGAGUUCAAAAUCGUCAUCAACGUCAGCAUUGAACCGUAAAAUCUUUUUUUUUAGAAUAGUCGGUGUUUAUACCAAUACUAUUUCACCAGAUAUCGUUUGCUCUUGAACCGACUUGUAACAAAUUGCGAGACUGUUGGCGAUUUAGAUAGUCCAUAGAAAUCUCUGAAGUACAUUUUGUGAUCGCUAUCAAGCUUAUAAGCAUGUUUUAUAAUCGACAAACUGAUAUUUAUGUAAUAUUAGAAAGAAAUAUUAAUGCCAAUUGAUCGAAGGUAAAAUGGUGUUAUCCGCGACAACAAAGGAAUCAGGAAAUUUAUCGAUCGUUAUGAUGUCAGAGUUCUAAGCAAAGUUGAGGACCGCUGUCUGUUGAAGAGUCAAUAAGCUUAAUACUGUUUAAUAAAGCUCUACCGACGUUAUUGCGAAGAAUCGUUUAAUUACUUUUGAUUUUUCUAAGUCUCUAUUUUGCGAUAGAAUUAACGGAAAGUACCAAAGACGUACGGAUGUUAAUUUUAUUGUAAACGGAAAUCCGGAAAUUUAGAGUCGGUUUAGGUAGAAGAUUGAAAGAUUAUAUCACGUAUGUUACAUCCUGAUGUAUAUGACGUGCAAUCUGUUUUACCUGCAGUGUACAAAUGACAAUUUCGUGUAUCAAAUAUAUAUCAGAAGGAAUAUAUGAAAUAAAAAUCGA